CCUGCUAAAGCCCAGGAACUUGAGUUCCCAUCAACAAGGUGGUAAACCGAGAUGGAAUUCCUGCCUGUUUGUUUCAACCUGACCCAGACCUGCCUGUUAAACUGGAAGGCAAACUAUUGGACAGAAGGAUACUGAUCUAAUGACUUUCAACAUCUCUGUACAUCGGUCAUGGUGGAGGGAGCAUGGGCCUGGUUGUGUCCGAAAAGUGCUGCCUCCCACAGCCCACGGCAUGAUGGACGAUUACACCUACGUGUCAGUCACGGACUGCCUUGUCGACUUCCAGUAUCUGGAGGUCAUCCACAGUGCAGUGCAAAUACUUCUCUCUUUGGUUGGGUUUGUGUAUGCCUGUUACGUGAUCAGUAUUUCCAUGGAAGAAGAGGACACCUGUCGAAAUAAGUAAUGACAUUGACCCUGAACUGCGGCUGCUGAACUUGAAUUAGGGAGCAAGGCAUCACUGACAGCCAGAACCUCACCUCGGUGGAUCAACCUGCAUCCCGUCCCUUCCUGAGGAUGGACUGUGCCUCCCUGCCUUCCUCUGAGUCAGAGUUCAAAGAACUCAGCUUGGGUAUUAUUAGCAUUGUUCACUAGAUGAGUUCUAGGUGCUUGGGUGGGUAUUUUUAAAAUAAUUUUCUUCUUAUAUGAACACUUGUAAAUUGUAAAAAAAAAAUGGUUUUUAAUUUUUUAACAAUAUUGAACGCGAGGCAUGCACAAUGAAGAUCUGUAAAACAUUCUGCAGUCAAUUCUAAGAGAAACAUUGGCGUGUGUUGUGGGAGUGCUAAGUCAGUAUAUUGUUGACCGUGAAGUUAUGGAUUUGUGUUAGCAAACACCGCCUAUGGUCAUCAGGCCCUGCGACAGCCAACACAUAGAUUCAAAUAAUAAAGCAGGCUUUCAGACUGAUUGUAGAGCAUUGCUUCAACACUGUAAGACAAAAUCUGGAGCCAGUUUUUGUUUUCAGCUUUCCAAACCCCAGAAUAAUAUUAUGGGAAUUUAAUGUUUUAGAUUCAUGCAUGACACCCUGUUCUGUACUUUUGAAAACUAAAUAUAUACAUGUGUCAUGGCUUCAUAAGAGAACGAAAUUAUUAGUAGAGCCCUUCCCCCUUAGUAGGAACACAGGUGUCUCUGAGGUCCAUAUGUUUUACUCUUUAUCCCACUCCUGACACUGGUGCCAGCA